AUGUUUAUUAAGUUGGUGAUUGGUGAGUUCACCCUCAAUGUAGUUAGCGCUUACGCGCCGCAAGCGGGCUUGGAUGAGGAGGUUAAGAGGCGCUUUUGGGAGGGCUUGGAUGAGAUUGUGCGUAGUAUUCCACCUACUGAAAGGUUAUUUAUUGGAGGGGAUUUUAAUGACCAUAUUGGGGCAGCUGUUGGUAGUUAUGGCAAGGUGCAUGGUGGCUUUGGCCUUGGGGAUAGGAACGGAAGAGGUACUUCGCUGUUAGACUUUGCUAAGGCUUUCGAGCUGGUGAUUGCGAACUCGACUUUUCCAAAGAGGGAGGAGCAUCUGGUUACUUUUUGA